GAGAAGCUAUUGACAAAGAAAUUAAAGAGUUAAAAAAGAAAUAUAAUGAUUCACUAGAAAAAAAACAAACUGUUUUAGAAACUAAGGUUAAUGCAGCAGUUGCUGCUUUAAAAAAUGAUCUUAGAACUGUUGGUGCAGGUGGUCGCAGGUUUUUUGAAGAAACAAUUAAGAGUAAUAAAAUUGUUUCAGAAGAAAAAUAUAAAUCUGAUACCCCUGCUAUUUCUGGUGAAACUUAUGGUUCAGUAAUCAAACUAAUGUUAAUGCUAGCAGCAAUG